AUGUCAAACAAAAGCCGAGCGGGUUUUCAGACGCUUCUGCUGUUUUUUCUGAUGUUUUUUUCCGCAAGGAGUCCCAGCCCAGAGGCUGCCAGGAUCCUUGCCAUGCCCACAGACUGGAGCCACUGGAUCAUCAUGAAAUCCCUGCUCCUGGAACUGGUGCAGAGGGGGCACGAUGUGACCGUGCUGAGGGGCGACACUUCGCUAAGGAUUGAGGCAACGAACAAAGAUUUCACCAUGGAAACUAUCCGUAUUUCGGGGGAACGGCCACAUGAGGCUCUUACCGAAGACAAAUUUCCUGAUAUUAUCUUCAAAUUCUUCUACGUGGAAGACGGUUUCCUCUCCAGCAUCUCCGCUGCCAGCACCUUCAUCGCAUUGUCCUCCCUCAAUAUUGAAGUGACUUUUCCGUUCAUUCAGGGAAUGUUCGAGGAUCGCGCUUUGAUGGAUCGACUGAAAGCUGGGGGGUUUGACGUGAUUUUGGCCGACCCUUUCCAUGCAGCCGGUGCCAUGCUGUCCCAUGUACUUAACACUUCGCUGGUGUUUUUUGGCAGGUGGAUGAUAUCCGGGGACAUCCACUUUAACUUCGCCCCGUCGCCACUUUCCUUUGUGCCCAUGAUAAAUUCACGUUUGAGCGACAGGAUGUCGCUUUUGGGCAGAUUGAAGAACGUGUUGAUAUACGGAAUAAAUAAAUGCAUAAGCAACUUCUACAUUUACCCCGCUUACAAUCGGCUCUGUCAGCUUUACCUCAAUGAUGACAUUACCGUGGAAGAACUUUAUCGAAAAGUUGAUAUCGUCUUAAUGAAGGUUGACUUUGUUUUUGAGUAUCCCCGGCCGACCAUGCCAAACCUGGUUUACAUCGGAGGUUUCCAGUGCCGUCCGGGUCGACCGCUCCCCGCUGAUCUGCAGCGACUUAUGGACAUUUCUGGCGAGGAUGGCGUGGUGAUCUUCUCCUUAGGAAGUAUAGUAGGCACCAUUCCCCCAGAAGUUGCGAGUGAAGUGGCGGCGGGACUGGCCAGACUCCCACAGAGAGUCAUCUGGCGGUAUACUGGAGCACUACCCCCGAAUUUAGGAAACAACACCAAAAUCUUGAGCUGGUUUCCUCAAAAUGACAUGCUGAGUCAUCCGAAGACAAGAGCGUUCAUCACUCACGGCGGGGAGAAUGGACUUUAUGAGGCUAUUUUCCAUGGGGUCCCCGUGGUCGGUAUUCCAAUAUUUGGGGAUCAGUAUGAUAACCUUCUGCGUCUCAAAACCCGAGGAGCAGCGGUCAUGUUAGAUCUGGCUCACAUUAAAAGUGAUGAUAUUUUCCAUGCAGUGAAGACAGUCAUUGAGAACCCUUCCUAUGCAGAGAACAUGAAACGAUUAUCUGCCUUACACCGGGACGUUCCAGUGCAGCCAAUGGAGUUGGCAGCUUUCUGGAUUGAAUACACAGUAAGGCACCGGGGGGCUGCUCAUUUUAGAGCCUCGGGUAAUGAUCUUCCAUUCUAUCAGUACCACUUACUGGAUGUGUUUACCAUUAUUGUGGUUUUCAUGGGGCUUUUCCUUUAUCUUGUAUUUAAAUUGCUUAAAGCUCUACUUGUCAGAUUGUGCUUGUGGAGGAAGAGGAAAAGGGACUAA